AGUAAGUAACGACUUUUGAUUUUUCUUUAGUUUACUCGAAAGAGUCAAAGACACUAUGAACGUUUUGCGACGUCCGUCGGGCUUGUCCAGUUUUCGAUUUUACUCAACGCAGACUACAAGACCGUUCGUUCCUCCUGCGUCUCUCAACCAUAUUGACUUCCGCCAACGUCAACGUGAAAAACCGCGCCCGGCCAGCCCAUCAUUCUAUACCGCCCGCCCCGAAUUCUACGACCAGCUUUCUUCAUUGGAAACUGCUCUCCGGCAUGCUAAAAACGCGCUCACAACAUGCCACCUCCUUCCGCUUCCCCAGUUCGCCCGGGAAGCACUCCCUCCGCGCAUCAACGCUUGGGUCGACAAGCGUGACCUCGGCCUGAAGCUGAGAAGCAACCUCACUACGAGCCGCUACAGAAGAGUGGUGCUCGUGCUCAACGAACUCGAGACCUAUAGGUCUAUCGCGGAGAAAGCUGGAAUCGUUGAGUUGCAGGAAGGUAUCAGAGGCAUUACCGAGCUGUUCGAGCGUGCAGACGCAGCGACAAUGCUCGCACGGGGCAAAGCCAAACCCGUCAAGUUCGACGAGUACGGACGCAGCUACACGCUAGGAAAGCGGAAGACAAGUUCUGCACGCGUGUGGAUCGUACCUGUGCAACAACCACCACCUGCGGACCAGUCCAUCACCUCCCAGCCUACCCCAGCAGCAAUGAACACCGAAUCUGCGCUUGCAGCCAUACUCAAUCCAAAUCUGUCGAGGAAGAACGGAGAGCCAGUCACUGUCUCGCAAAUUCUCGUGAACAACACCCCCCUCUCGACUUAUUUCCCUAUUCCCGCUGAUCGCACCCGCGUGAUUCACCCACUCAAACUCGCAGGUUUAUUGGGCGCAUACAAUGUCUUUGCGAUAGUACGCGGUGGAGGUACCUCUGGACAGAGUGGUGCGGUUGCACACGGUAUCGCUAAGGGUCUAGCGGCGCAUGAACCAGGUGUAGCGACGAUUUUGAGGAAGGGCAAACUCUUACGUCGUGAUCCUCGUAUGGUCGAGCGAAAAAAGCCUGGUCUUGCGAAGGCACGCAAGCGGUAUGCUUGGGUCAAGCGGUAGUCUUGUUCCGUUACUUAUUUCGUGUCGUAUCUCGCGACGUUUCCCCUCAUAUACAUCAUCUCCUGCAAUACAGCACCCGACAUUUGGCACAUCUCUAAGUUUUACUAAAUAUCUAAGGUGGUGCAAGCGGAUUUCGAAUCCGCUUGUAAUAACUGAUUACUGCGCGUCUAAG